AUGAGAGGUUUCCGUGGGUUACAGAUAAGAGACUUGCUCUCAAUCCUCGUCGUGGUCAUGGCGCUAGCUCAGGACGACUUGGCUGACUUGGUAGACUCACGCAGCUCAUUGGAUGCAAAGUUCGCUACGUCCUUGACAUCAGUAGACCGAUGGAUUGAUGCUGGGAUCCUUCUGAGAGAUCGGGGGGCUCUAGAGCUGGCUAUUGAUGCUCUUCUUACUGCAACUCGGCUGGGCCCACAGGAUCCGCGUGCAUUUUCGCACAUUGGAAUAAUCUUGGAACGGAUGUACGGGGAUGCUGCGAGGGCUGCGGAGUAUCACGCCAUGGCGAUUCGAAGAGGCACGCUCGACGCUGACUCGUAUUACCUCAUGGGGAACUUCGUUUCUUCAAGAAACCUCUUUGAGCUGUCGGUCAAGCUGCAUGAGGCAGCGACGAAAUUGAAGCCUGACUUCUUAGAGGCCUACAACAACAAGGGCUCUUCGCUCAUCUCCCUCGGCAACCUUGCAAGCCAACCUCAUCUCGCACAGCAAUUUUACCGGCAAGCACUGGAAGCAACAUCGGCUGCCGUCUCGCUCAAUCCCAGGCACAGGACGCCUUUGGUCACAGCUCUGACGCUCGCGCAGAAAACGGCUGACUUCCGCUUCUGGAAGAAUCACUCAGCUCACUUGCGAGAGUUGUUCGUUGAAUGUCUGGAGCGAGGUGAUCAACUGUUCAUGCCAUGGCAGGCCAGCGUGUAUGGGCUCAAGCCCUUCCAUAUGUUAAAGAAUGUACAGUACAUGUCAAGGAACGUGUUGGGGGCGGUCCGAGGCUUCAAAUUCCCCAAGUUCGACGUGGAAGAAGGGAUGAGCCUAUCCCCGUCCUCUCGCUUGAGAGUUGGCUACUUCUCCUGCUCAGGCUUCCAAGGAAACACGACAACUGCUAACUUUGUGCGCGGAUUGUUUGGUAUGCACGAUCGACACAGGUUCCACGUCCAUUGCUUUGCGAGAGGAACGCACACGUUCCCCGGUCGGACGGAUGGAUCACCUGCUCAAGAGCAGAUUCGAACGGAUUGUGAAAGUUUUCAUGACAUGACCAAGAUGGAUGUGUUUGAAAGUGCGAAGUCGAUCAGUGCCUCUAAGAUCGCCGUGCUGGUAGACUUGACGGGCUGGACGCUUUGGCCAUGUACAGAGGUACUUGCCAUGGAGCCAUCGCCUGUGCAGCUACAGUGGCAUGGUUACCCAGGCUCCAUGGGGGCAGAUUUCGUUCAUUAUGUUGCAACCGAUCGAAUUGUAUCGCCUCCUGAGUAUGCAGAGUUCUACACGGAGCGCAUGCUCUACACGCUCGGCUCGUACAUGCUCAACGACCAUGUCUUCUCUCGCCGUGAAGCUCUAGAGCUCGAGCAGGAGUCCGAUGUGUCAGUGAGGAGGGAGCGGCUGGGAGAGACCCUGAGGUCGGCGGGGUCAGCUCUCUUCUUCUUCGACAAGGACGGCUUCAAUCACACGCUCAGCGGGUUUGAGGAUGAUGACGUCAUCAUGUGCUCGUGGAACACGUUGUUCAAGUGCGACCCCGACACCUUGCAGACCUGGAUCACCCUGCUGGUGUCUUUUAUUCCCUUGCCUCUUCUCGUACUCAGCCAAGUUUUGAAGAGGAAAGUACCCAAGGCCAAGUUGUGGAUCAUGCAAUUCGACCCCACGCCGCCUCCAAACGUCGCCCUGCUCGCUGCCGACAACGGCGUGGACGUCACAAGGAUCGCAUGGAGCACCUUCUUCCCUCGGCAGCUGGAGUUCAAGAUCAAGAGCUUGGCAGACGUCUUCGUAGACACUCCGCUCUUCAAUGCUCACACGACAGGCGUCGACGCUCUCUGGUGUGGAACGCCGCUAGUAACAGUCCCGCUGGAGGACUUCAGUGCCCGUGUAGCUGCUGGGCUAGUUGCCUCAGUCUCACGAAUGCAAUUGGGCACCACUGUUGCGAGGAGCAUGGAGGAUUACGAGCAGGUUUUGACUCGAUUGACAAGUUCGGCUCGAAAACUCCGCUUGCUCCGCGAAGACCUCGACCGGGCGCGAAGAAAGCACAGCAGCGACGUCAACUACGGAGAUGCCAGGUCGGAGUAUACCCUGUUUCGUCCCGUAGCAUGGGUGAAGAGCUGGGAAAGCGCUCUCAUGAGGGCGGCAGAUCUUGUCGUUCAAGGCGAGGCAAGCAGGCAUAUUCUUUCAUUCAAUCCCGUCUCCGUUCAGAUGUAA